AUGGACUCAUUACCUCCCACUGUAUCUUCUAUCCCCCCUACCCCGGGGGAUCAGGAACUUCUGGGACCCCUGUUGGCUUACGCAGCCUUCAUAGCCAAGCUGCUGGAGCUACUUUCUACAUUGCCUGAUGAUGUUCAGCCUGGGCCUGAUUUUUAUGGACUGCCAUGGAAAACUGUACUUAUUGCUGCCUUCUUGGGAAUUGCUUCAGUUGCUGUUUUCUUCUGGAGAACUAUCCUUGUCGUAAAGAGUAGAGUAUAUCAAGUCACUGAACAGCAGAUUUCUGAGAAGUUGAAGAUUAUUAUGAAAGAAAAUAUAGAACUUGUACAGAAAUUGUCAAAUUAUGAACAGAAGAUCAAGGAAUCAAAGGAACAUGUUCAAGAAACCAGGAAACAAAAUAUGAUUCUCUCUGAUGAAGCAAUUAAAUUUAAGGAUAAAAUCAAGACACUUGAAAAAAAUAAUGAAAUUCUGGGUGACACAGCUAAAAAUCUUCGAGUUAUGUUAGAAUCUCAGAGAGAACAGAAUGUCAAGAAUCAGGAUUUGAUAUUAGAAAACAAGAAAUCUAUAGAGAAGUUAAAAGAUGUUAUUUCCAUGAAUGCUUCAGAAUUUUCAGAGGUUCAAAUUGCACUUAAUGAAGCUAAGCUUAGUGAAGAGAAAGUGAAGUCUGAAUGCCAUCAGGUUCAAGAAGAAAAUGCUAGGCUUAAGAAGAAAAAAGAGCAGUUGCAGCAGGAAAUUGACGACUGGAGUAAAUUUCAUGCCCAGCUCAGUGAGCAAAUCAAAUCAUUUGAGAAGUCUCAGAAAGAUUUGGAAGUAGCUCUUACUCACAAGGAUGACAAUAUUAAUGCUUUGACUAGUUGCAUUACACAGUUGAAUCGAUUGGAGUGUGAAUCUGAAUCUGAGAGUCAAAAUAAAGGAGGAAAUGAUUCAGAUGAUUUAGCAAAUGGAGAAGUGGCAGGUGACCGGAAUGAGAAGAUGAAAAAUCAAAUUAAGCAGAUGAUGGAUGUCUCUCGGACACACACUGCAAUAUCGGUAGUUGAAGAGGAUCUAAAAUGUUUACAACUUAAGCUAAGAGCCUCCAUGUCCACUAAAUGUAACCUGGAAGACCAGAUAAAGAAAUUGGAAGAUGACCACUACUCACUGCAAUCUGCCAAAGAUGGAAUGGAAGAUGAGUGCCCUGAGGCAGAAAGUAGAGAUUCUGAAUGA